AUGGCACCAUCCACUUUCAUGACCUCAUGGAAUGGCACCAUCCACUUUUGCCAAUGCUAUGGGGUUACUUGUGGCCGCCGGCACCGGAGGGUCACAGUAUUGGACCUCAGAUCCUUAAAUCUUGUGGGCACCAUAUCACCUUCCAUUGGUAAUUUGAGCUUUCUAGAGGUACUAAACCUUAAAAACAAUAGCUUCACUCAUAAUAUUCCUCCUGAACUUGGUCGUUUGAGAAGACUAAAAGCACUAUUCCUGUAUAAUAAUUCACUCACUGGUGAGAUUCCAUCCAAUAUUUCUGGAUGUUCUAACAUUAUUUAUUUAGUUCUUCUUAACAACAAUCUGAUAGGAAAGGUUCCUGUAGAGCUCGGCUAUCUCUCGAAGCUUCAAUGUCUUUUUAUAGAUAAGAACAAUCUAACAGGAACUAUCCCUCAUUUUCUUGGAAACUUGUCUUCUUUUACUGCUCUUACUCUAGCUUUCAACAACUUUGUUGGAAAUAUUCCGGAUGCUUUAGGACAACUUAAAAAUUUUCAGUAUUUAGACGUCUUUGAUAAUAAGUUGUCUGGCAUUAUCCCUCCCUCAAUCUUCAAUCUUUCUUCCAUUACAUAUUUGGAUAUAGCAUUUAACCAUUUUGAAGGAUUUCUUCCUGCAGAUUUGUUCACCACUCUUCCAAAUCUUCAGAAUCUUUGUUUUGCUCGCAACCAAUUUACUGGUCCCAUUCCUAAUUCAAUAUCUAAUGCUUCCAAAAUAGUCCAUCUUCAGUUGCAGGGAAACGCUCUCACAGGAAAAGUGCCUCCUUUAGAGAGAUUCAACUUUCUCAUUUUGCGGGAGUUGGAUAUUAGUGAAAAUAACUUUGGAGGGUCCUUACCUGAGUGCAUUGGCAACUUGUCAUCUAAUCUUGAAAAUUUGAGUUUUUAUAAAAAUCAAAUAUCUGGAAGCAUUCCAACUGGUAUCGGAAAUCUGGUCAACUUGGCAAUUCUAGAAGUUUAUAGCAACAAGCUUUCAAGUAUGAUUCCCCAGAGGAUUGGAAAUAUGCAAAAUGCAGUGGUUAUGAGUUUCCAUGAGAACAAGAUCUUCGGACCAAUUCCAUCAUCUCUUGGAAACCUUACAAAGUUGAAUAGACUUUCUUUUGCUGAUAAUAACCUUUCAGGGUACCAUUCCAUCAAGCCUAGCUAA